CCUGUUGAGUAAUAUGUGCUCUGCUUUUCUCCGCUGAGCAGGACUGCUAACCGUGUGACUGCUUCCCGCUGUCCGCUCUCAGGUCUGCCCUGCCAUGGUCGACCUAAACGGCGGCUGGAACCUGUCUUUCGCCGGGUGCGGGUUUCUGGGAAUUUACCACAUCGGAGUUGCUAGCUGCUUGCAGGAGAAAGCGCCCUACCUCAUCGAAGGGGCCACCAAGUUGUACGGUGCCUCUGCCGGCGCUCUGACCGCCUCGGUGCUCGCUAGCCAGGCGUCCCUAGCCCAAUGUUGUGAAGAUGUGAUCCAGGUGGCAAAAGAGGCCAGGAAGAGGAACCUGGGCCCCCUUCACCCCAACUUCAACCUGGUCAAGGUGUUAAAGUCUGGCCUGAAUCGGGACCUGCCCGCUGAUGCACAUGUCCUGGCCUCGGGGCGGCUGUGCGUCUCGCUAACCCGAGUGUCUGACGGGCAGAAUGAGCUGGUGUCGGAGUUCAACAGCAAAGAGGAACUCGUCGAGGCGCUGAUCUGUAGCAGUUUCAUUCCCAUCUACUGCGGGUUGAUUCCUCCAUCCUUCAGAGGAGUGCGUUACGUGGAUGGCGGGAUCAGCAACAACCUGCCGCAGUCUGAUCUGAAGAACACCAUCACCAUCUCUCCCUUCUCUGGCGAGUCUGACAUCUGUCCCAGAGACGACUCCACCAGCUUCCACGAGCUGCGCUUCACCAACACCAGCAUCCAGAUGAACCUGGGCAACAUGUACCGCCUCAGCAGGGCCCUGUUUCCCCCGGAAACCAAGGUAAUGGCUGACAUGUGUCAGAGCGGUUAUAAGGAUGCUCUACGCUUCCUUGAAGAAAACAACCUGCUGAUGCUCGAUCGUCCAACCUCGGGCCCCGCCAUGCCAGAGAGCCCGCCCACCACCUGCUGCUGCAAGCCUACAGAAACCACACAAGAGUGGGUGCUUCGGAGGCUCCGCCUACUGCGAAAACAGCACUGGUGGCUAGAUGAGCAGAUUGAUCUGCCCACGCCCAUCAAGAAAGUGUUCUGUGAGGCGUGCCAAGACAAAUCCGGCCUGUAUACCAAGGUGUCCGAGAUGCUGCCAGUCAGAGUGGCCUCCUACAUGCUCAUGCCAUACACACUUCCUGUACAGUCGGCCUACUCAGUAGCCCAGAGGUUUGUGGAGUGGAUCCCAGAGGUGCCAGCGGAUAUGCGCUGGCUGUGUGGGGUGGCAGGUGACAUGUACCAACAGGCCUGGAAAGGAGCACCGGCUAGCUCUAUUGGUGAGAAAGGCCUGAGGAAAUGUCUGAGUGCGCCGCCUCUACCUACAGAGUGUGAGAAACCAAUGCAGAGAGACAACCUGCCUGCUCUUUCCUCCAUAGACUUCCACGGCAACUCCUGGGAGAACGCCAAAUCUACCUCCUCCUCGUCCCAAAAUCAUUCUCGCAUCAUCCCCUCCUCUCCGCAACAAGUCUGCUUCUAUGUCGGCUCACAGGGUGAUCAGCAGUAAAAUGAUUCAGGACCAGAACUUUAACAACUAUUUGGUCAAAUGUCCACUUUCUGUGAGGAGCUGGUGGAUUGAUGGACUGGUUAAAUAUUGAACCAAUGGUGCGUAAAUGUUUUAAGGAAACACACAUUUGUCUCUGACUCUGAACACUCCAGGCAGCACCGAUAUUUCACUGGGUGCUCUGGGAGACAGUGUCACAACUCACCCAGGAUCAUGGAUGUGUUUUAUUAUCUGUUUUAAUGCGCAGCACAGAAAUGUGUCUAGUUUCACAGUCUCACUACAACCCUACCUACCUGUUUGUUUAAAAUAUACUCAAACAUAACAGUCAUUCCUCAUUCCAGUUAGAGAUGGUCCGAUACCAUUUUUUGCUGUAUACUAAUAUCUCUGUAUGGAUGUGAUAUUAUUUCUAUGUUUGU